UUUGACAUCGGAGGACAGAUUUAUCAAAACGCAUUCAUGCAAUUUUAAUCUUAAUCAGUAUUAUUCAUGAUUUGUAUGAAUGCGUAUUUAGGAAAACAAUGCAUUUUAUACAUUGUUCCGAUAUAAAUAUUACGAUGUUCUAUUGAUAUAAUUUUUCAAGUUUGUCAUAAAGUUUAUUAAACGCUGUUGUAUUUUGAACCCAUUCGGAUAAAUUUUGGAAUGUUCAGUGUCUGGCGUCUCAAACAGGAAGAACUCUGCGCAUUUUUAUUUUUGUUAAAUGGUGACAUAAACAAUAUUCGACUUAUAACCGUUAAUAGUAUAUAAAAUCUGGAUAAUCGAGUACUUAAAAGUAUACAGUGCUUUCAAAGAUAUGUGAGAGCGGUUCGAAACAAAAAUGAGUCUGUCAGUUAUAAAUUAGAUGCACACCAGUAUUCUCUGGUCCUUAGAAUUUCUCUGAGCGAUGUGAAACAUGUUGGUGGCAGCUUAAUAUAGUAAAGUAACCGCCGGAGCAGCUUUUAAACCUCGGCAAAAGAACAUGUCGUCUAUACGAUUGGUAUUAUUGGUUAUGGAUUUGGACUAGAUGAAACGCAGUCUCCGGUAUAGUUGUCUCUCUCUACAGUAAAGAUUAUGUAGCGUUAGGGGAGAGUCAAUAUAUUGAAAAUGCUUCAUCUUUUACAUAUUGGUGGUUUGUUUGACAUAACACAGACAAAUAGAAGGUAAUACACUGGCAAUGUGUGUUGAUGUUUACAAUCAAAACAACAUGCCUUUACACAGAAUGCUAAAACGAUUGCUAUGGAUUCUGUGUACGUGCUCAAUAUUUGCAGCAUUAAUGCUGGGUUUUGAACUUGGCAUGCACACGGUUCGCACUAUUCCUCAAAGAAAUCCGGUUGAGAUUAUGGCAACUAGAAACGAAAGUAACGUAGUAAGCAGAAACCAAAUUGACAGGGUAACUACGUAUCAAGGUGUUAUGGCAUCCAGAAAUCAUAGCAGUAACUUUAUUAGCAACCAUAGCAGCAAUGUAUAUAUUUCAACUGAAAAUCCUUCGACUUAUUUACAAUCAGAAAGAUUUGAUUUGAUAGUCAAAAUGGUGUAUGCAUAUUUCUAUGUUUAUAAGAACAAAGUUCCAAAAGUUUAUACAGAGGCGUACAUAGAACAUAUACGAGUGUGGAAUAAUUUUUCAGAAAACUGCGACGGUAUGAUAAAGGCUUGGUUUGAUGGAAAUAAACCAUGCAAAAAUAAGCGGAAUAAAUCUGAUUUCAUUUCAUCGUUCCAUAGAACUUUAAAGAACAUCAAAGUGAAAGGAUUUAAUUCUAGUGUGUCAAGGAUUCCAUUAGACAAACGUGGGUUUCUUCUUAACGGUGCCCAUAGAGUAGCAGCUGCAGUAAUAUUAUCUCAAAAUGUAAGCUUUGAGCAUCACAACUAUACGCAUAAGGGACAUUCUAAAGAUUGGGGAUAUAAGUUCUUCAAACGCAGAGGGAUGCCGCAAAGGGCUUUAAAUGUGGUUAUGUUAGAAUGGAUGAAAAUUCAGACGAAGCUGCCAGACUUGAACACAUCCGUUUCAGUUGUUUCCGUAUUUUCAAACAAUCGCGACAAAGAUAAAGCUGUGCGUAAAAUUGUAAAAGAACGAUGCUCGAAAGAUAAUGGCAUUCUUUAUGAAAUAAGAAUCAAUAUCACUAAAUCCGGAAUGCGGCAAUUAAUAACUCAUAUGUAUGGGCAACAAACCUGGCUAGAGACAAAAAUUCAAAACCUUCUAUCAAAAUUUAAUUCAACAAGCCAUGCCGUAUUUCUGUUUAUCUAUGCAAAAAGCUACAGUGAUCUAGCUCAGUGUAAAAACGAAAUAAGAAAGCUUUACAAUGAUAUGAUACUUGAAUCCACCGCUCACAUUUCCGAUACUAAAGAAGAGAAUUUAAUUCUAGCAGAAAUGAUCCUUAAUCCAAAUUCUAUACAGUUCAUGAACUACGCUAAGAAUGCGCCGGAUUGUAAAUUAAUUGCAAAAGAAGUUGCCAGUCUUUCAUCUAUAACACCAAUAAGCACACUACCAGGUAUAUACGUGGGUAGAGAUGACGUCAUGAUUGACUCGGGAACAGUACUUGGCUUGUUUGGUCUGCGCAAACGAACAGAUGCUGAUCUUUUAUUUUUACACGAUAUUGAUAAGUCUCUUCUUGGAAAGCAAGAUGGAAUCACAAUUCAAGCUCAUGCUUUUAAAAACAAUUCCAUUUCAAAGGAGCGUGCAUGGGGUGAAGACCAUUUCAGUGAUACUGGGCCAAAGAAUCAAUGGGAUUUGUUUUAUGAUCCUAACAAUUUCGGUUACUGUUACGGUAUUAAAUUUGUAUCACUUAAAUAACUCGUUAGAUACAAAACAAAGCGAAAUGAGCAGAAAAAGGAUAAAACCGAUUCAAAACUGAUUAAUAGAUUUUUGAAAGUUACCCGCUGAUAUAAUUAAUUAGCUUGAUCUAGAGUUAUGUAUUAGGCUCUUGAAGAUUUGGCAUAUCAAAAUCCACCCGAGCCGAAUACAGCAUCCAAUCAAGCUACUGUUACAAUUACCCUAUUUUGUCGAUAGCUACAAGAAGUAUUACACGUAAGUGUAUGUAAGGUAUGACAAUCGUCAAUUUACGUGUGAUUAUGUAUCAUCGUUAGGCAAUUUGGAAUUCUUUGAAAUUAGAUAUAGCUCAACGCACAUAUAAAUUUCCGUGAAAUUCGGAGAAUGCGUCAUUAGCCCACAUAAUGUCGAAUUCAUCUAUCCAUCAAAUUCAAAAUGACCUUUCCAACAUGUGUAAUUUAUCUGUUAGUAAGUUGUUAUAUUAACUGAACUUAAGGGAGCACGAUUAUGUCGCUAAUAAUAUACUCACAUGAGGACUCCCUGUUCUUCAAUAUAUUGCAAUAAAUAUGUAGUAUGUAUCUUGGUAAGGUCGUGAGUUUUUACUUCUGCCAGCCUAGAAUUCAUAUAAUACGAACUUUCUCCGACUAGCCAACGAUUGUAAAGAGAAUGGUUAGAUGACGAUCAGGUCGUACGUCUGGUCUUGAUUGGUUACCGCUUGUCGAGACUGGUUGUGCAUCCCACAUGACUUGUCAUGCGAAAAGUCGUGCAUGUCGUGCGACCAGCUAAGACCAUCCAAGAGCAUCCAUCCAGGAAUUUAGGAAAUAAAAUCUGUGUUUAUACCUAUAAAACUUCUGUAAAAAUUACAACUUUUAUUUCACAAGUAAAUAUGAAUAGGCAGAAAACAAAUUCCGUAUUGUGUAUGUUGAAAUCCAAUCCUGUAUCAUGCUUGUAUCCGUACUUUCUUUCAUUACUAGUCAUGACCUGGUUCAAACAGUAGUUCAAAAGCGAACUGAUUCUCUGUCAUGAACAUUGUUACGUAACAGACAAACUACUACUAUACUACUACUAUAAUGACAUUUUUUUCUAAUUCGUUUUAAACAUUUUAUUACCGUAACGCUUUUUUUCUGUUUGAGGCCCCGUGUGGGGUAACCCUGUUUAUUAUCCCCGUAUCUGGUAUAAUAGGGGUCCGAGAGCCAUCCGCCUAUUAACUCUUUUUGAUCAAUAAAUCUCAUAGUAUCUAGCGUGCGUAAACAAAAAUGACAUCAUGACGUUCCAAAGGCUUAGUAAAUGAAAUAGUUCCAAUUUAAAAGAUCAUUUGUGGUACAUGUACAUUUUUGUAAAAUAUUUUAGUACAUAUAUGAAGGUAUACAAUAAAAGGGUCAUUGCAAGAGUAGCUUGAUCGGGGAUGUUGUAUUUGCAUCUCGUAGACUUUAUCACACCGUCCCGGAUUGCACUCGGCCCUUGUGCGCCUCGGAUGAUCUUGGUCCGACAAAAUCCACUUGAGCAAAAUACUACAUUCCAGAUCAAGUUACUGUUGCAAUAGCCCUAUUUGUCUCAAUCUGUCUCCUCUAGUCUAAUAACAAUAAUAAAACGCUCUGAAGGAGUUUCCGGUUUUUAUGAAAUUUUACACAAAUGUUUGUUUGUAACUUCGAGUUCCAGGACUCGGCCUGGUAUCACUGAUUCAUAAGUUACUUACUUUAUGUCAAAAAGUGUUCUAACGCUACUUUGUUACCAAGUGUAAUUGUUUUUACCUAUGUUGGAUUUCGCGAUUUUUUCAUGAAAACAUGCUUUUAAAAGAACCUGCAAUGUGCACUGGUUUUCUAGUGAGGAUUAACAAGCAGCUAAGUGAAACUUUUUUCUUCAGCAAGUUUUUCCUAUCGCAAAAUAAAGAAACAUUUCCAGUCUAAUCUGUUGCAAUGCAGUUUCCUGUAUAAAAGACAUUGAUUGUGUACUCGUCUCGCCCAGUGUUUGGUAAUUUGUGAUCUCUUGAUUCAUAUUAUUAAGACAUAUACAUUGAGUACAUAUUUCAGAUAAAAGCAUGCCUUAGUAAAAAAAAAAAGUCAUCCUCCAGUUUUAUCACCAAACACAAUAGAAGAAUAAGAAAAUGACUGAGUGCGAUGGGAUUUACUUUAAGCAUGCAUAGGAAAGAGAGUGUAAUUGUGUAUAUCAUAAAAAGUAAUAAUAUUCAUGAUUCAUGCAAGUCAUUGCAAUUAAAGGUGAUAAAUCGGAACUUGGUCAAGUAAUGGAUUUGUUCAAAGCUUUAACCCUUGAUCACCGCGCCCCAUUAGUGCAGAAACGUACCAAGUGGUGAUAAAUAAAGAAGAUUAUGGUACCUUUUGGCAUUAACCCCUCGUUUUACUUUUUUGGUUCACUGAGUGCUAAACUGAAAGUAUUUUUCAAUUUUGAUUUCAUAUCCUGGCUGUUUAAACAAAAUAGUUAUUUUAGCAUAGAUAUUAGAUCUAAGUACAAAUCCGACAUUUAUCUAAAUUUAAAAUGCAAGUUUUUUAUAAUUACUUCCCUUUGACUAUCUUGGUUUUGCUAUGAAGAAAUGAAAUCCGAAGCUACACAUGCUUUUAAAUCAGUUAUGUUUUGGUUCAGACUGUUGUGAUAUUAUAAGAAUCAUUACCAGGUAAACAGUUACCCUCAAGCCAGACAUUUCCACCCUCACCUUCAACUAGUGAUAGAUUCGUUUUUCUUCAAUUAACAGAAGAAAUCAACUUUUCUUUUAAGCACUAUUUUAUAAUAGUAGCGUAUAAAUUUACGCAUUCAUUCAUAAAUUUCACCAUG